AUGCUGUUUGGCCUGAAGAACGCCGGGGCCACAUACCAAAGGUUAAUGAACAAGAUAUUCACCGACCUCAUAGGGAAAAUGGUGGAAGUAUACGUGGAUGAUAUCCUUGCAAAGACUACCCAGCCUGAGGACCUCUUAAGCGACUUAGGAAACGUGUUCGCUUCCUUUCAACAACACGGCAUGAGGCUCAACCCACUCAAGUGUGCCUUUACCAUGGAAGCAGGAAAGUUCUUAGGGUUUAUGAUAACCCAAAGAGAGGUGGAGGCCAACCCUGAAAAGUGUCAAGCAAUACUCCAAAUGAAGAGCCCGGACUGUGUCAAGGAUGUUCAGAGGUUGUCAGGAAGGCUCACCGCACUAUCCCGCUUCCUCGGGACGUCGGCUGCGAAGGCCCUGCCAUUUUUCAACUUGAUGAGAAAGGGGAUAGCCUUUGAGUGGACCCCGACGUGCGAGGAAGCAUUCAAUCAUUUCAAAGAGAUUCUUGCAACACCACCUGUCCUCGGGAAGCCCAAGGUCGGAGAACCACUCUACCUGUACUUGGCCAUAACGGAUGAAGCGAUGGUAGCGGUUUUGGUGCGGGAAGAAUGGAAGGUUCAGCAACCAAUUUACUUCGUGAACAAAGCACUGCAAGGAGCAGAAUUGAGAUACAGCAAAUUAGAGAAGUUGGCACUUGCACUCCUGACCUCUUCCUGCAGAUUACAACAGUACUUCCAAGGUCAUCAGGUAGUCGUGAGGACAGACCAGGGAAUCCGCCAGAUACUCCAAAAACCAAACUUAGCAGGAAGAAUGAUGACUUGGGCCAUCGAGCUAUCCCAAUACGACUUGCAAUACGAACCCAGGCAUGCGAUUAAGGCACAGGCCAUGACCGACUUCUUGGUAGAAUCCAUCAAGUUCGAGUUCCCGGUGUCAAACAAUCAAGCGGAGUACAAGGCCCUUCUGGGCAGCUUAAUCUUAGCACAGGAAGUCAGAGCCACAAGGCUAGAAGUAUGCAGUGACUCGCAAGUCGUCACUUCUCAGGUCAAUGGGACCUACCAAGCCAGAGACUCCCUGUUACAAAAGUAUCUGGAGAAAGUCAAAGAGUUGAGCAAACAAUUCGAGGAGGUCACGAUCCAACACGUUCCGAGAGAAAGGAACACACGGGUGGACCUCCUGUCCAAGCUAGCAAGCACAAAACCAGGGGUCGGCAACCGAUCUCUCAUUCAGGGUUUGAUAAAAGAGCCAGCGGUCACCCUCCACUUGACAAAGGUAGGCCCCUCUUGGAUGGACCCGAUCACUGACUUCUUGGAAAGCGACAAGACCCCUGAUGACGAGAAGUCGGCCAGAGCGUUGAGAAGGGAGGCAGCCAAAUAUGCAAUCAUACAAGGGCAGUUGUUUAAGAAGGGACUCAGCCAACCCUUGUUAAAAUGCCUGCAUCCCGACCAAAUGGACUAUGUGCUUAAGGAGGUCCAUGAGGGGUGCUGUGGUCACCACAUCGAGGGCAAAGCCCUAGCAAGAAAGCUCAUCAGAGCCGGUUAUUACUGGCCAUCAAUGAUGGAGGACUCCAAAGAAUUCGUAAGGAAAUACGCCAAGUGCCAGGAGAACGCCAACUUCCACAAGGCACCGGCAACCGAGCUAAGUCUACUAAUGUCCUCCCGACCUUUCUCACAUUGGGGAGUCGACCUCCUGGGACCUUUUUCGGUCGGUCCAGGGCAAGUCAAGUACCUUAUAGUUGCUAUCGACUACUAUACCAAGUGGAUAGAGGCUGAGCCAUUGGCGAGCAUAUCCUCAUCCAAUUGUCGGAGGUUCAUGUGGAGGCAAGUAGUAACUCGAUUCGGCAUCCCUGAGGUCGUUAUCUCUGAUAACAGGACGCAAUUCGCUGAUAAGAAGUUCGCAGAGUUCAUCGCCGAUUUGGACACAAAGCAGAAGUUCUCAUUUGUGGAACAUCCCCAAACGAAUGGCCAAAUUGAGGCACCGAAUAAGGUCAUCUUGCUAGGCCUCAAAAAGCGACUUGAUAAGAAAAAGGGAGCAUGGGCUGACGAACUCGCCUCCGUCCUCUGGUCCUACCGCACAAGCCAGCAAUCGUCCACAGGAGAAACCCCAUUCCGCCUGACAUACGGGGUGGAUGCUAUGAUACCCGUAGAGAUCGGCGAGCCGAGCCCACGGCUGCUUCUGAGAGGAGUAGAGGAAGUCGUAGAGAAGGACCUAAUAGACGAGGCUAGAGAAAUGGCCCAUUUGUCGGAAGCAGCGUUGAAGCAAAGAAUGGCCCUACGCUACAACGUCAGAGUACUCAUAAGAGAAUUCGAACAGAAUGACCUAGUCCUGCGGCGCAACGACAUCGGGAUGCCGACUCAGGGAGAAUGUAAGCUGGCGGCUAACUGGGAAGGUCCCUACAGGGUCAAAGAGGUGAUUGGUAAGGGCGCCUACAAAUUGGAGAGGCUCGAUGGCAAAGAAGUCCCGAGAACCUGGAAUGCGGAUUUGUCCGACUGCCGAUUAAUAUUCUCUUGUUCAAAUUUAUUUUUUCCCUUUUAUCCAUCCCAUGACAACGAAUUUCUUAUGGUAUGUGUUAAACAAGGCGACGACACGGUAUCCCGGGACUGA